AUGCAUUUGUUGUUAAAUUAUUUACAAAUGGCAGAUAAAGCUAUUAUGAAGCAAAUUGCAGAGCAAAAGCUUAAAGCAUUUUCUAUUGGCACAAUGGGUAAGAGACCAUUAAGUAAAAAAGAAUUAGAAGAGCAACGUAAAAAAGAACAAGAACAGGCUGCAGCUCAAGCAUUUGAAGAAUUUGUAGCAACCUUCCAAGAAACACCUAAUAAAACAACAAGUAAAGUUUGGGUAAAGGCAGGCACUUAUGAUGCAGGAAAACGACAGGAAGAUACAAGAGAAAAGGGGAAACUCUACAAACCUCAGUCAAAAAUAUCAGAACUUGUUGAUAAUAGAUCAUCAGCAGAACAAGCACAAGAAUAUGCAAGGCUAUUGGGAUCAAGUGAAAGAAAGCUGGAUAGAUUGGGAAAAAAGAAAAAAGAAGGUGAAAAGAAGAAAAGUAAUCUUGAAUUAUUUAAAGAAGAGUUAAAAAUGAUACAAGAAGAAAGAGAGGAAAGACAUAAAUAUAAAGGGGUAGUGAAAACUGUUAUUUCUGCUCAAUCAGAAGAUCCAAUGCUAGCAGCUCUAAAAUGUGUUGAAGAUGGGUCAUUUGACAAUGGUGAUCCUAAUACAACAAAUCUAUAUUUGGGAAAUUUAAAUCCGAAGAUUACAGAGCAACAAUUGAUGGAAAUAUUCGGAAAAUAUGGCCCGUUAGCUAGUAUCAAAAUUAUGUGGCCGCGUAGUGACGAGGAAAAAGCUAGGCAAAGAAAUUGUGGUUUUGUUGCAUUCAUGAGCCGUAAAGAUGGAGAACGAGCAUUGAAAAAUCUGAACGGCCGUGAUAUAAUGCAGUAUGAGAUGAAAUUAGGCUGGGGAAAAAGUGUACCAAUUCCACCUUAUCCCAUUUAUAUUCCACCUGCUUUGAUGGAAAUUACACAACCGCCACCUCCAUCUGGUCUUCCGUUUAAUGCUCAACCACAUCGUCGUGAUAGACAUAAGGUACCUCGUAUUCGUAAUCUACAGACAGCAGAUCCUCAGGAGAAGGAAAACUUCGAGAAGGUUUUGCAGAAUGCGGUUGUCAAAGUAGUUAUACCAACAGAAAGAAACUUAGUUAUGUUAAUACACAGAAUGGUAGAAUUUGUGAUUCGAGAAGGCCCGAUGUUUGAGGCAAUGAUUAUGAACCGAGAGCUAAACAAUCCAAUGUUUAGAUUUUUAUUUGAAAAUUAUUCACCUGCACAUAUUUACUAUCGGUGGAAGUUGUAUUCCAUAUUGCAAGGAGAUGGACAAAAAGAGUGGCGUACCGAAGAUUUUAGGAUGUUCAAAGGAGGAAGUGUAUGGAGACCACCGCCGAUUAAUCCAUGGACUCAGGGUAUGCCCGAUGAAUUGAUUGAGAUGGAAGAAAGGCAAGAACCUAGAAGAGGAAGUUUGUCAAACAGUCAACGGGAUCGAUUAGAAGAUUUAUUACGAAACAUAUCCCCCGAAAGGAUAAAAGUAGCAGAAGCCAUGGUAUUUUGUAUAGAACAUGCCGAAGCAGCCGAAGAAAUUUGUGAUUGUAUUUCAGAGUCGCUAUCAAUAUUACAAACACCCGUCAAUAAAAAAAUUGCAAGAUUAUAUCUUAUAUCGGAUAUAUUACACAAUUGUGGUGUUAAAGUAAAUAAUGCUACUAUUUAUCGGAAAGCGUUUGAAACACGACUUUUGGAUAUAUUUAAUGAAGUUCAUCAAGCUUACAAACAGUUUGAUAGUAGAUUAAAAGCUGAAGGAUUUAAAGUUCGUGUAAUGAGAAUGUUUAGGGCAUGGGAAGAUUGGGCAGUUUAUCCGCGAGAUUUUCUCGUUAAAUUACAAAAUACUUUUCUUGGUCUUGUUCUGGUAGAUGAACCUGAACAAGAAAAUGAUGAAGAUAUUGAUGGAGCACCGUUAUCAGAUGUAGAUGGAGAUGGUGCAGAAGAUCUGGACGGGGUACCAUUAGACGGAGCUGCUUUACUUAAAGGUGCUAUGAAACAUGGUUUAACGCCACAAACAACAACCAAUUAUGAUGACAUCGAUGGAGUUCCUAUGGAUGAGGAUAUUGAUGGUAUUCCUAUGGAUGAAGAUGAUUCUUCGAAUCUACGAAAUAAAGAGGAUGAGAAAAAGCCAUCCAUUCCUGCAGGUUUUGUACCAUCACGUUGGGAAACUGUUGAUCCUGAUCAGGUCGAAGCGCAAGCUAUGACGACUAGUAAAUGGGAAGAAUUAGGUCAGAAUGAUGAUUCGAAUUCUCAGGAUACUAGUAUGGAUUCCAGUGGUAGAGAUUAUAAUGAAGAAAGAAGAAGUAGACUUCGCGAAAUUGAAGUUAAAAUAAUGCAGUACCAAGAUGAAUUAGAAAGUGGUAGGAGGGCAUUAAAAUCUGGUAUGACAAUUCAAGGACAGGUGGAACAUUAUAGAAAAAAGCUCAUCAGAAAGAGCGAGAGAGAACUGAAAGAUGCUAAAAGUGAAGAACGCGACGACGACAGGCGAAGGGAAAAGAAACGAAGCACAACUCCAGAAUCUCCAAGUCAUUAUAGAGAUCGAAGACGUACUUCGACAAGUCCAUCGUCUAAAAGCAACAGAUAUAGAUCUCGUAGCAGAUCACCACGUGGUAAACGUAGAUCACGAUCACCAUACAAAAAACGAGUUCCAGUCACACCAUCGCCACCACGCAUUCGACGAACGCCUUCACCUUCUUUUUCAUCUAGAGUAUCUCGAAGAUCUCCAGUUAGUGAACGAAGUGACAGGAAAAGAAGAGCGAGAUCGCCAUCGUUAUCUCCACCACCUCCACCACGUACCUCAAAGCAUAGAGCUAAUAGUCCUCCUUCUCCAACGUCACGCAAACAUAGACAUAAACAUAAAUAUUAA